AUGAUGACAAGCGAAUCCACUGCAAUUGACGUGCCAGAGUCCAGCUCUGCUCCUAAACGAAAAGCUUCUCUCAUGGCAGCUUCUGGAGAUGGAAAGGGGAUUGCAAUAUUUGAUUUCAUUCUAAGGCUAGGUGCUAUAGUGUGUGCUCUAGCUGCUGCUGCCACCAUGGGAACUAGUGAUGAGGACCUUCCCUUUUUCAAUCAGUUCUUCCAGUUCCAAGCUAGCUACGAUGAUAUUCCCACUUUCCAGUUUUUCCUGAUUGCAAUGGCAAUGAUUGCAGGCUACCUAGUCCUGUCCCUUCCUUUCUCUAUAGUAUCCAUUGUUCGCCCCCAUGCAGCUGGACCAAGGAUCGUGCUCCUCAUUUUUGACACUGUGGCUCUUGCCCUGAACAUUUCCGCGGCUGCGGCUGCGGCGGAUGUAGUGUACUUGGCUCAUAAUGGGAAUGCUACCACAAACUGGUUCGCUAUCUGCCAACAGUUUGGUGACUUCUGCCGGAAAGUGAGCGGGGCUGUGGUAGCAUCCUUCGCUUCAUCUGUAGUUUUCAUGUUGUUGGUCGUGAUGUCUGGUCUGGCUCUCAGAAGGCAAUAA